CGCAACGUAAAAUCAAGGACCUGCUCAAGAAGCUGAAUGCUGACACCAGGAUGGUGCUGGUCAACGCCAUCUAUUUCAAGGGCAAAUGGAACCAACAGUUCAAGGAGGAUUUGACUGUUGAAGCGCCGUUUAGAGUCAAUAAGAAUGAUACUAAGCAAGUCAUGAUGAUGUACCAGAACAGUAAAUUCAACUUCAACAUCAUCCCAGAGUUAAACUGCCAGGUCCUAGAAAUGCCUUACGAAGGGAAGGAUGUAAGCAUGCUCAUCUUCCUGCCUAAUGAAAUUGAGGAUGACACAACAGGCUUGGAGAAGUUGGAGCGGGAACUCACCUAUGACACAAUUAUGAAGUCGACACAACCAGACAAGAUGGAGAUUGAUGUUGAGGUCCUGGUGGGCCUGCCUCGAUUCAAGCUGGAGGUCACUUACUACUUGGAGGAAAUCCUUAUCAACAUGGGCAUGGUGGAUGCUUUCGACGGCGAUAGGAGUGACUUCUCUGGCAUGUCUCUAGCCAAUGACCUGGCAUUAUCACAAGUCAUCCAUAAGGCUUUUGUAGAAGUAAAUGAAGAGGGAACCGAAGCUGCUGCAGCCACUGCUGUCAUUGUUGCGGUAAUCACCUCAGUAGGUGAACCCAAAGUGCCCAAAGUCUUCGUUGCUGACCACCCGUUCCUCUUCUUUAUCCGACAUAACCCUUCCAAGACAAUCUUGUUUGCUGGUCAAUACACCACACCCGAGUGAGUUUGUACGGUGUAUUUCUAUAAUAAAUUCAUUUAACAGAACUUUAGCUCUUUUAUUUCAUCAUUUAAUUCACCUCGCAGGAUGAAUAAAGUAUCUCUUGAUUCA